GGCUCCCCGUCAAAAAAAGGGGAAAACUCCGACCGGCUUCGCUCCAAAAGAAAAGAAAAACGCACGCCGCCCGGCUUUCCUUCGCCCGCUCGUCUGCCCCUCCGACGCCGGAGCUCCGCGCUCCCACCCGCCGGCCGCUCUCCGCCCCUCUGCAGGUCUUCCACCACCCGUCCCGUCCCUUCCUUACUCUCCUCCGCGAGGCCCCGUCCCCGCCCCGCCUUCUCCUCUCCUCGCCGCCGUCGACUGGACGACCCCAGCUCGCCGCCGUCCGCGAAGGCGACGACCGGCAGCAGCGGCCCGAAUCGAGGAGCGAGGGCCCUCUCAGGUGUUGAGUGGGCCAAAUGGCACAGAUUCCAAACCUCGAUAACGCCGCGCUCAAUCUUACUGCCCUGAGGGAGCAGUCACAGAAGGAACUUCUCAGCAUAAUCAAGAGUAUUAGGGGGAAGAAGUGUCUGGUCAUUGAUCCGAAGCUUGCGGGUACCCUCUCGCUGAUCCUGCAGACCUCGGUGCUAAAGGAAUAUGGCACGGAGCUGCGGAUCCUCUCUGCUGACCCUCUUCAGACGGAAUGCCCCAAAGUGGUGUAUCUUGUUCGCUCCCAGCUGAACUUCAUGAAAUUUGUGGCUAAUCAAAUUAAGAAUGACGAAUCCAAAGGGCUCCAGAGGGAAUACCACCUCUAUUCUGUACCACGCCGUAUAGUUGCCUGUGAGAAGAUUCUGGAGGAAGAGAAAGUUCAUCAAAAGUUGACAAUCGGAGAGUAUCCCUUGUAUCUAGUUCCUUUGGACGAGGAUGUCCUUUCUUUGGAGCUUGACUAUUCCUUGCAGGAAUGCCUUAUUGAAGGAGAUACAAGUUCUGUCUGGCAUGUUGCAAAAGCUAUCCAUAAGUUAGAGUUUGCCUUCGGGGUUAUCCCCAAUAUUAGAGCCAAGGGUGUAGCAUCAACCAAAGCUGCAGAAUUGCUGAACCAUAUGCAACUCGAAGACCCGGUCAGCAUGGAUAAUAUGGGGAUUCCAGAGAUAGACACCGUUAUUUUGCUAGAUAGAGAGGUGGAUAUGGUGACACCAAUGUGCUCUCAGCUAACGUAUGAAGGUCUAUUAGACGAGAUGUUGGAAAUUCAUAAUGGAUCUGUGGAAGUUGACGCCAGCAUUAUGGGUGCUCAACAAGAUGGAAAAAAGGUCAAGGUUCCACUCAAUUCAAGUGAUAAGUUGUACAAGGAGAUUCGAGACCUCAACUUGCAUGUUGUAGUUCAGGUCGUCCGCCAAAAGGCAACGUCUAUUCAGCAAGAUUAUGCAGAAGUAAAAUCAACGAAUACACAGUCGGUUUCUGAGCUGAAGGAUUUUGUGAAGAGGUUACACUCGCUACCGGAGAUAGCUAGGCAUGUUAACUUGGCACAACAUUUGCAAUCAUUUGCGGCAAAACCCGCAUUUCAUGCCCGAGUAGAGAUUGAGCAAAUAAUACUGGAGGCGCAGACCUAUGAAACGUGUUACGAGUACAUUGAGGAGAUUAUACAGAAGCAAGAGCCUAUUGAAACUGUACUUCGCCUUCUAGUGUUAUUUUCCCUUACAAAUGCUGGGUUGCCGAAGAAGAAUUUUGACUACUUGAGGCGGGAAAUACUGCACAGUUAUGGCUUUGAGCAUAUGCCCUUGUUAUACAAUCUGGAAAAAGCUGGCCUUGUUAAAAGGCAGGAAUCGAGGACUAAUUGGCCUGUUAUUAGUAGAGCUCUCCAGCUUAUAGUUGAUAUAAAGGAUCCUGAAAACCCUGAUGAUAUAGCAUACAUCUUUGCUGGAUAUGCACCUCUUAGUAUUCGCCUGGUUCAGCAUGCAGUGAGGUCUGGAUGGCGAUCUAUUGAAGAACUGUUGAAAUUAUUGCCAGGUCCUCAUAUGGAUUUGAAAAGAGGUGUCUCGACCAUUAGUUCAUCAGAAUUACUACCAGGUUCCGGGUCACAACAGAGUACCGACAGGGUUGGUCAUCGCUCCCUGGUUCUGGUUGUAUUUAUUGGUGGUGUAACAUCUGCUGAGAUUGCUGCGCUUCGAUUUCUUAGUGCACAGGAAGGAAUGGGCUAUGACUUCCUGGUUGCAACAACAAAGGUUAUCACUGGCAACACAUUACUGAGACCAAUUAUAGCCAGCAGCAAAGAGGGAAUGAUUUAGUUGUCUUUUCUGUGCACACCCCUUUUUGAUUGUACAAAGCAGCGCACACCCGAGUCCAAGAUGGGAUUUUCCUUGGUUCAGUUCUAGGCUACUUCUAUUCUGCCACCGGAAAUGCUAUUGCUGGCGCUCUUGCGUUCAUCAGCCUUGGUUUUCUCGUCAGAUAGCGCAUGUACAUCGAUAUCUCCUGUACAGACACAGCCGCGCUAGUUCCUUCCUUGGUGCUGGAUGGAAGUUCAGCAUUAUGUUUUUUCAUGUAUAUUCUCGAAAUACACACCUUCAUUUCUAACUCUGUUCUGCUUUCACCUUGUACAUCAAGUGGUGUGACAGGUAUGUUCA